AGUUGCACUGCAAACGGAAAACAAGUGAACUGGAGUCCGACGAAAGGCAGACUGUCUUCACUUCCCCAAGUCUGUACCAAGCAAUAGGCCGAGCAAAUCAGGCAUUUCCCUCUGCCACUCCUGAAAGAGCAAGCAGAAGCAACGACAAAAAAAAAAAAUCUACCAUAGAGCCUGACUUCCAAACUCCCAUUUCCGCCCAGGGAACGGCAGAUGUGGGACGCUCGCACACACACUUGGAGGCGAUAGCAACUUUCCCCCCAGUUCACUUCUGCUUCCUCCAGGUUCUCUCUCUUUAAAACAGUCUGCUGCAAAAGGAAUGCCGAUUUCCACCCAUUUGACGGGUCACAACAACAAGCAGAUGUGCAGCCUGACAACGCUUUCAGAAGUUUGCGGUGCAAUGUUAAAAGUUGAUCUUUCGUUUGAUGAUGCUGUAAUUGGCUUUUAAAAGUUUAAGGAUAAAGUGGUCUUUCCUUUAAUGCAGGGCGGAAAACCCACAGCCAGCGACAGAGGAGAUUGUCAAGUUUGUGCAACUUGGGGUCUUGUAACGCUUUUUCCCCCCGUCGCUGCUUUUUCUUGGAGUUGGAGCGGCGUCGCUACUUUUCUCUCCAUCGCAGAGAUACGUGGAUAGUGUCUGCUUGUUUUUCUUCCACGGAACUCUGGAUUAUUCGUGCCCUCCUUUGGAUAACACGUCUUGUUCGCUUUCUAAAACCAAGGGGAACAGAAGAUACUGAAAAAAAGCUAUACAUUAAGAAGUUUUAUUUAAAACUUCUGAUUUCUUGAAAGGGAGGAAUGACCGAUAAAAGGAGCGUUUGGAAGGAUGCCGUCUCUUGGAAAAUGGAAAUGAAGACAAACUUCAUAGUUCUUGUGGUUUUAAGCUUAUUCUUUUGCUUGAGUUUCAGUCAAGAGCUAAACCCAAAAGGCAGGAAUGUGUGUAAAGUACCUGGUACAUCUGCUUUUGUGUGCUGUUCUGGAUGGAAGCAGUUAGGGGAAGAAUGUAUUCAACCUAUCUGUGAAGGAAAUUUCACCUGCAAAGAGAAUGAGAUUUGUGUGAGACCUAAUGAAUGCCGCUGUCGUCAUGGAUAUUUUGGAGCCAGCUGUGAAACCAAGUGUCCGCCACAGUACUGGGGUCCUGACUGCAAAGAAAAGUGCACUUGUCACCCCAACGGGCAAUGUGACGACGUGAGUGGGAAGUGUACCUGCAAUCCCAACCGCUGGGGCCCCAACUGCGAGAAUGUCUGCCCCUGCCAGCGGGGCAAGUGUGACCAGGACACGGGCAAGUGCUCGUGCCACGCUGGCUUCUGGGGUGCCCAGUGCGCCAACAACUGCUACUGCAGCAUCCACUCGGUGUGCGAGCAGAGCACCGGCCGCUGCAUCUGCAAUCCCGGCUGGUACGGCCGGAACUGCGGUGCCCAGUGCAACUGCAACAACUCGCCCUGCGAGCAGCACACCGGGCGCUGCCAGUGCCGGGAGAGGCUGUGGGGCUCCCGCUGCGAGCGCUUCUGCCAGUGCGUGCACGGCAAGUGCAACCAGGCGGACGGCACGUGCACGUGCGCGCCGGGCUACAGGGGCAAGUUCUGCAGGGAGCCCUGUCCUGCUGGCUUCUAUGGCCAAGGCUGCAGAAACAGGUGCGGGCAUUGUAAAGGCCAGCAGCCUUGCAAGGUGACUGAAGGGCGGUGUGUGACUUGUGAACCCGGGUGGAAUGGCACCAAGUGUGACCAGAUGUGCGCUCCAGGCUUCUUCGGGGAGAACUGCAAGGACGUAUGCCCCCCUUGUAAAGACGGCCACCACUGCAACCGAAUCGAUGGCAAAUGUUCACACUGCAACCCUGGCUGGAUUGGUGAUCGUUGUGAAAUGAAAUGUCCCAAUGGAACGUAUGGGGAGAACUGUGAGAAUGACUGCAGUGAUUGUUUUAAUGGGGGAUGUCAUUUUGCCACUGGUGAAUGCCUUUGUGAUCCUGGUUUUUAUGGGACAUAUUGUAAUAUGAGCUGUCCAGUUGGUCAAUAUGGUGUGAACUGUGCUCACAGCUGUUCUUGCCAUGAUCUUAAGUGUGAUCCUGUCUCUGGCUCCUGCACCUUACAUCCUAAUCAGAGAAUGGGCGUGAUUGCUGCAGGGGCUCUCGUGACUUUCCUGCUCAUUCUCCUGCUGUCUCUCCUGUGCUGCUGCUGCAUGUGCCGUAAAAAGGAUGAAAACAAUCCAGAUCGUGAUAAUUCUAUUAACAACAAGAAAGCCAAAAGACGUCUGUGUGGGAGGUUCAGCAGAAUUAGUACCAAACUCCCCAGAAUCCCACUGAGGCGACAGAAACUACCAAAGGUUGUCGUGGCACAUCAUGACCCUGAAAAUACAUUCAACUGCAGCUUCAUCGAGCCCCCCUCUGUGGUCGAGCAACCUUCCCCAUCCUGGUCAUCACAAGGCUCUUUCUCCUCUUUUGAGACCAGUGAUGAUGGGCCUGUCUACUGUGUUCCUCAUGAAGAAUCUGUGUCAGAGAAUAAAGAAAAGGGAAGCCCCAAUGUAGUAGAGAAGAUGGCAACGCCCAUCAGUGAGGAGGAUGCUGGGGAAUAUACUUCUCUGAAGGACACAGGUUCCAGUAAACAGUGCCUCGGGGACACAAGUGAAACAUCUCUGCUGAAGUCUUCUGACAGUGAAGGAUCCACCAGUGGCUCAGAAUCCACCAAACCCCUGUAUGCCAAAAUUGCACGGCUAUCCAAGCAAUCCAAAGAUGAUGAAGACAGUGGCAGCUCUGAUGUCAAAGGCACUGACAAACCUCCAUCACCAGAGAGGACCAAGCCUCGUCCACCAGACCCUUCUACGAAGCCCAAAGUGUCAUGGAUCCAUGGCACCUCUGGGUCCAGCCAGACACCAGAAAAAAGUCUAGUAUCACCAAAUGCCAAGGAGAAGAAGCAAAGUUCGAGUGAGAACCUUGGGAAAAGUGAGGAGAAGCAUAGUGGCAGGGUCAAGGAGAAAGGUAGCAAGCAUAAAGAGCAAAGUUCUCCAGAUGCCAAAGAAGGGGCAAACUCCCCAAACAAGCACAGAUCACACAAAACUAGGCCAGGCCAAGAGCAGAUGGAACACAUUAAUGGAGCUGUUCAGAAUGCAUUAAAGAAGAUUGGUAACUUCCACGUUGACAAAAAAGGCAGCGAUGCAAAAGAGGAGCCAAAAAGCCCCAGGAAGUCACGUGAAGUGAUCCAUCCUCACAUGAAUUCAGAAGCAGCCACUUUGCUGGCCGCACAACUGAAGGAGAAGACUCAAAGCAUUAACCGAAGUGAAGGUUUUGCAAAGCAGAAUGGCUUGUCCACUCCGCAGGCACACAGAGAGAAACCCACCCCUCCACAGAAGGCCAAACGCUCAGCAGCUGCGGUCAACCAGAAUUCCAGUAAGCCUCUGUUGUCCACGUCUAACAGCUUGCAAAAAAUGGUAGCCCCUGUUUCAGAAACUUUGUCGCCUGAGACAAAAACCCUUGAAAAACAGGAGUCUGAUAACUUGAGACAAGAGCCAGGAGACCCAACACCAAGGAAGACGCCCAUCAAAAAACCUCCAAGGAAGAAAGGAAAGGAAGGAACUUUAGACUCUGAAUCUAAGUCUCACCCGAAGACGGCAAUAAUGCCACCUCUGACAGUGAAAUGAAAAGAGCACAGUUUAAGGAAAACUACCAGGGUUUCCAUUCCUAAUGGAAAGGACAACUAUUAUACCUACCAAAAUUAAAUAACCAAAGAAAAAAACAGCUGUUCAGUUAUUAUGAAUAAAUAUUAUGGGAGUGAAUUUACUUGCUUUCAAGAUUUUAUGGAAUGGACCAAAUGUUGCACGCAGUACUUCCUGCAGAACAGAAAAGGUUAAACUUCUAAUAUCAGACUUUGGAGUACUGAAAUGCUAAGACAGACUAUGGGCCAUUCAGUAUUAUCUGGACUUUAUGCAGUUUUUUAUGUUGCUGUAGUUGUAAACAUGCAGUGUUUUUAGUAUUUUCUGUUAUAACAAGCAACAUAAGAUAUUCUGAUUUUUUCUGAGGAUAGUAAAAGAAAUUCAGAAAGCAGUCUUUCACUGUUUUUCUGCAUCUUAUUUUUGUAUAUGUGUAUUUAAUAUACUCCAGGUGAUGCUGGUUUUGAAGUAUAGUAUUUAAUACAUAACUAAUGUGCAAGUAAAGUAGCCAAUAUUUUGAUUCUGAACGGUACUAAAAAGAAAGUACUAAAAUGGCGUGUUCAAUCUUUAUUAUAAAGAUUGUGUUCCAGUCUCCUAGAUACUCUGGGCUUUUGAACAAGCACAAAUUUGCUAUCUCAGAAAGUUAGCUAUUAUUUUGAUUCCAAAGUCCUUCAAAGAUUUGAACUUAAGAAGUCAACGGCUGCGUGUUGAAGUAGAUUUACUUCAUAAUGCUAAUAUCGUUCUUGCCCUCAUUGGUAUUUAACAUUUGUAACUGUUACAAAACACUUACAGGGUGGUUUUCAUAUUUGUGCUUCUGAAAAAAUCCCCAUGCUUUUAAAGUAAUUGUGAGAUUUUACAGGUACAAAUCUAAGCAAAAUAGCAGUAUAGUUUUGAAAUGGAUUUUACUUAUACUCUACAACAGAACAUUAUUUGAGGGACAAUGUAACAAUGGCCCUAAGGUACAAGAAACAGCUGCAGUUUGCUACGUAAUAAGAUGCAAAGGAACAAGUAAUAGGUUUAUUCCAUGCUGAAAAAAAGA